AUAGGAACCGAUUAGAAAAAUGAAAAUCGUCACCGCUUUAUUCUUAGCAUUAGUAACAAUUAAUUUAAAUGAAGUGGAAUCUUUGAACAUACUUGGAAUCUUUCAAUACCAUGGAAAGAGUCAUUUCUUUGUUUUUGAACCGUACCUCCGAGAAUUAGCGAAAAGAGGGCACAAUGUUACAGUCAUAUCGCAUUUCCCUCAAAAACAACCCUUACAGAACUACACCGAUAUCAGUUUGGCUGGUAAAAAGGAAAUAUUUGAAAGUGUUGUAAAUAUGGAGCAGACUAUAUGGUCGAAGGUUGAACUGACAAAAUUUGUUUUCGAGAGUGUUGUGGAAAACUGCAGGAUACUAGUGGAAGACCAGGCUGUGAAGCAAUUAGUGAAAUCCCGGACGAAAUAUGACCUAGUGCUAGUUGAGGCGUUCAUCAGUGAUUGUGCCCUAGGAGUAGCUUACAAAUUGGAAGCCCCAGUGGUAGCUUUAACGUCGCAUUUUGUAAUUCCAUCUCAUUACGAUCGAUUUGGCGUACCCCAUCAACUAUUACAGAUUUGGCCAAAUCCAGAUUUCUUAACACGAUUUUUAUUAACAGUGUUUUCACCACCAUUUAAUUGGUAUUAUCGAUACUAUCAAAAUGCGGAACAGGCGAUUCUUGCAGAGUAUUUUGACGACAUCCCACCGCUCGAAGAAUUAGGGCAGGAUAUCAGGUUACUUCUUGCGUACAUUCACAAUUCCAUGUUCGGUCCUCAAGCUUGGCCCGAAAAUAUAAAAGAAGUCGGAGGAUACCAUGUCGCCAAACCGAAACCGCUGCCUGAGAAAUUAAAAGAGUUUAUAGAACAAUCGGAACACGGAGUUAUAUACGUAAGUUUUGGUUCAAUGAUACAGUCAACAAGCCUGCCGAAGCAUAAACUGGAGGCCAUAGUUGGAGCGCUGUCGGAGCUACCUCAACGAGUUGUCUUUAAAUGGGGAGCGGAACAAUUGCCUGGGAAUCCGAAGAACAUUUACGUGUCGAAGUGGUUACCGCAAAAUGAUAUUCUAGCUCAUCCCAAUGUCGUUGCAUUUUACUCCCAUGGCGGGCUCCUGGGUUCGACAGAGGCCAUACACCACGGCGUUCCCGUGGUUCUCACCUCAGUAUUCGCCGAACAGCCGGUAAACGCUCUGGCUUUGGAAAGAAAGGGAUUUGGCGUUCGCAUGUCCUAUCAUGAACUUACCAAAGACGCGCUGCUAGAAAAAUUUAAGACCGUUUUGGAUCCAGAGUUCAGAAGAAAAGCAAAGGAAAUCUCCAGGGAAUGGCACGACCGACCCAUGUCUCCGAUGGACACCGCCAUUUAUUGGACGGAGUACGCCGUCCGCCAUCCAAAUUCCACGCUUCGAAUACCCGCAGUAGGCAAGCCUUACUACCAACUUUUGGGAUUGGAUGUCCUAUUGGCUAUUAUUAUUAUUUUGUUUAUUAAUCUGUAUGCAUUUGUUUUCGCUAUUAAGUACUUUGUGUUUGAAAAGAGAACGAAAUCAAAGAAGGAUCAGAAGUGUUUUGUUACAUCCUUGACCUUGAAUGCAAUGAAGUCAAUCAGCUUGGCAUUCACUUUACUUAUCGCACUAGCGCAUACCGCUAAUGCUCUCAACAUUCUAGGUAUAUUUCCGUAUCAUGGAACUAGCCAUUUCUUAGUGUUCCGCGUGUAUCUUCUAGGACUCGUUAAUAAAGGACAUAAUGUUACCGUUAUAUCGCACUUUCCGGAAAAGAAUCCGCCGCCUAAUUAUCACAGUAUCAGCUUGGCGGGAACCUUAGAAAUACUCAAAGAUGAGAUGCCGAUAGAAAAAUCAUAUAAAACCAUCUUCAACACAGGACUGUUCUUAACAUCCACUGGUAAGGAGAACUGUGAAGUGAUGCUCAAGAACAAAAGAGUGCGUGAUUUAGUUGAUUCUAAAGCUAAAUUCGAUGUGGUAAUUAUUGAACAAUUCAACAGCGACUGCGCAUUCGGCAUUGCAUACAAACUGAACGCUCCCGUAGUCGGCAUGAUGUCUCAUAUACUAAUGCCAUGGCAUUAUAGGAGACUAGGCAUCCCAUAUAACACCGCCUACGUGCCUUUUCACUUCUUAGAAGGAGGUUCUAAGCCUACGCUUUACCAAAGAAUAGAAAGACUAUUAUUCGAUGUUUACUUCAGAACUCUUUACUAUUUUGUAACGCAAAGAAGCGACCAGAACACCCUCGCUCAGUACUACGAUGGUAUUCCGCCUUUGGAAGAUUUGGCUAGAGAGAUGAAGUUCCUUCUUGUGUACCACAACUUUGUGCUAACUGGAUCCAGGCUUUUCCCGCCUAAUGUAAUUGAAGUCGGCGGUUACCACGUCGCAAGGGCAAAAUCUUUAGCUGGCGCUUUGAAGACAUUCGUUGAAGGAGCGAAACAUGGCGUAGUUUAUAUAAGCUUCGGAUCCGUGGUGAACCCAACGUCGCUGUCUCCCGAUAACGUGCAGGGCAUUUUGGAGGUGAUGGCCCAACUGCCGCAAAGGUUUAUCUGGAAAUGGAGUAACAAGACUUUAGCUGUAGCUCAGGAUAAACUUUACACUGGCAAUUGGCUGCCUCAGAUUGAUAUUUUGGGUCAUCCAAAUACGUUGGCCUUUUUCUCCCAUGCCGGGAUGGGUAGCACUACUGAAGCCAUACAUUACGGAGUCCCAAUGGUUGCCAUGCCAGUUUUGGGCGACCAGCCAGCAAAUGGAGCCGCCAUAGAAGAAAGUGGACUAGGCGUACAAGUUCAAAUAAGGGAUUUAAAUAAAGAAAAUCUGCUGGCAGCAUUCCGAAAAGUUUUAGAUCCCAAGUUCAGAGAAAGAGUGAAGCAGAUUUCGAAAGCGUGGCAUGAUCGACCAAUGCGUCCGCUAGACACAGCAAUCUACUGGACCGAGUACGCAGCACGGCACCGUAACUUCACAUUUAGAGCUGCGGCAGCCGACACACCUCUAUACCAACAUUUCUAUUUAGAUAUUAUAGGCGUAUUGGUCAUCUCCUUAUAUGUUAUAACAAAAGUUUUCAGUUUGCUAUUAGGUUUAUGUAAAUCGAAGCCAAGAGUCAAAAAUGUCAAAGUAAAUGACAACAAGACAAGUAAGAAGUCAAAGCGUGAAUGACAACACGUUUUUCACAAAAUUCAGU